UUGGAAGGCAAUCCCUUUGAAUAACAAUAACUUUAUCUAAUACUCUAGUAAUUCAACAUAAAUAAUGUUUUGGACGAUUCAACUAUUCUGCACUGAUGAUAUUUCCCAUCCAUACUUUUAGUCUUAGUGUGUUCAACAUGUCAGCUGCCACAUGUCUGCUGUCUGAAGAGCAGUUUCUUUGCUCCAUCUGUCUGGAUGUGUUCAGCUCUCCUGUCACCUUACAGUGUGGACACAACUUCUGCAAAAAGUGCAUCACUGAAAACUGGAGAAUCAACAGAAAAUGAGUGUCCGUGUGUAAAAAGCUUUUCGACCCGGGACAUGAGCUGCAUGUCAACAUUUUCAUGUCUGACAUGGUUGCUCAGUUCAGACAGUCAGCUGUUAAGACAGACUCAGAAGUUGCCAAAGCCGGGGAGGUGUCCUGUGACAUCUGCACUGGGAUCAAACUGAAGGCCCUGAAGUCGUGCGUGGUGUGUCUGGCCUCGUACUGUGAAACUCACCUGGAGCGACAUCAGACAGUGACAGGCCUAAAAAGACACAAGCUCUUUGACCCUCUGGAUAACCUCGAAGACAGACUGUGCACAAGGCAUGGCGAACUCAUGGAGCUGUUCUGCAAGACCGACCAGAUGUGUGUGUGUCAGCUUUGUAAUGAGUUGGACCACGAGUCACAUGACGUUGUUCCUCUGAGAGAAGAAUGGGAAGGAAAGAAGACUGAGCUGGGGAAGACAGAGGCAGAAUUUCAGCAGAUGAUCCAGGAGAGACAGCUGAAGAUAGAGGAGCUCAGACAGUCAACAAAGCUCAGCAAGGAAGGUGCAGACAAAGAGACAGCAGAUGGUGUGCAUGUGUUCUCUGCCCUGAUGCAGCUUGUUGAGACUGGCCUGGCUGACCUCACCGAACACAUUAAAAAGAGACAGAAAACUGCAGCAAAACAUGCUGAGGUCUUCAGCAAAGAGCUGGACAAGGAGAUCUCAGAGCUGAUGAAGAGAAACAGUGAAGUUAAGCAGCUCUCGUACUCUGAUCACCUCCACCUUCUCCAAAACUUCCCAUCCUUGAACACCUUUCCACCCACUAAGAACUGGAAAAAAAUCAGCCUCCAUCAACUAUCGUUUGAGGGAACUGUGGCCAGGGCUGUGGCUCAGCUUAAGGAGACUCUCAGCAAAGAGAUGAUGAAGCUGCUUGAGGUUGAAUUGGAGAGGGUGCAGCAGUAUGCGGUGGAUGUGACUCUCGAUCCUAAGACAGCUCAUCCUAAACUCAUCCUGUCUGAUGAUGGGAAAGAAGUCAGUCACAGCGAUGUAGAGAAGAAUCUCCCAGACAAUCCAGACAGAUUCUCAUAUUGCGUCAUUGUCUUGGGGAAGCAGAGUUUCUCCUCUGGCAGAUUCUACUAUGAGGUUGAGGUUGAAGGGAAAACUAAAUGGGAUUUAGGAGUGGCCAGUGUGUCAGCAAACAGGAAAGGACAGAUCACAUCAAGUCCAGAGGCUGGGUACUGGACCCUGCAGCUGAGGAAUGGUAAUGAGUAUGUAGCUCUUGCCGACCCUGAUAUUGUCCUCUCUCUGAAAUCGCAGCCUCAGAAGGUGGGGGUGUUUGUGGACUAUGAGGAGGGUGUUGUCUCUUUCUAUGAUGUUGGUGCUGCAGAUAUGAUCUACUCCUUCACUGGCUGCUCUUUCACUGACAAACUCUACCCAUUCUUCAGUCCCUGUUUCAAUGAUGGUGGUGACAACUCUGCCCCUCUCAGGAUCUCUGCUGUUCAUAAAACUGAUUGAAUCGAGCCCCCCCCACACACACACACACACAGUAGUGCAACCUGGGGUUUUGCAGACGGCAAUAUACAACACAGCAGGAUCCAGCCAACACCAUCCAUCAUGUUCCAAAUGUGUUCAUUUGAUAUAUUUUUUAAACUGAAUGUUGUGUAAAACUAUUAACUUAUAUAUUAAUGGAUAUUGUUGCAAUAGAUUUUCAUACAAUUGAACAUCAGUGUUUCAGUUGGCUUGGUUAAAUUUACAUUUAUACUGGUGCCAAAAUCUAUAGACAUUUUUAAUUUUCACAGACUCAAUUAAUAUGUGUUGUUAAGGAAUUAGCUGACUUUGAUAUGUGGACAUUUUUUAGCAGUUUCAACCAAUUAAUAAUUUAUUUAACUAUUAUUUAUUUAUCAGUUUAUUAAUUAAUUUAUUUAUUUAUCAAUUGCUUGAUUAUUUUAUGGAUAUUAUAUUAGCAAUGGUUGAUUAGGAUGGGAGCACUGUGAUUUCCAUGUUUUUAUGGAUAAAUGAAUUAAACCUUGGACCUUGGGUAGC